AUGCGAUUCUUCUUCCUUGCCGCGUCUCUGGCGUCCGUCGCUGGCAUGGUUCUCGCCAAGCCUGAGAAGAUCAGGGGCGUAACCGAUCCCGUCUACCACUUGUACCUCCAAGCCUAUCCAAAGGAUACGUCGAUCGCCGUCCUGGGACCCGAGUCGUCGGCGGGUUUCUUCAACAUCGCGGGGACCAUCCAGAGCGCCAACUCGAGCUCGUAUCUGAAUAUUGGCGGCGAUGCUACGUCGUAUAAGACUCUUCAGUUGAGCAACGCCUCCGGCACCAACGCGUGGGGCCUCGAGGGUGACACCAUCAUAACCACCCAGAGCAGUAGUUGGGGACGUCAAUUGAAUUUCUUGGUCUGCCAGCUGGAUGCAAGCUUUUGGCAGCUCUAUCUUCAAACAGGGAGCGAUGCGCCGAAUGCAAGCCAGCUCGUCGCGCCGAUGUGGUGGUUCCUCCGAAUCAUCACCAGUGCCAUCUUCCUGCUGAGCAUAGUCCUCUCUAUACCCGUCGCCUUUGAUGUCGGCGGUAGGGAUAGCGGACUGGCCUACAGUCUCGCCCUCUCCGGCUUCUAUUUUGUCUACUCAACCAUCGCCGUCGUAACCCCCGCAAAGUCGCGCGUCCGCUGGGCCAUAUCCGUCAUUCUCCGGCUCUCGCAGUGGGUUGUCAUUCCCGGACUGCUCAUCUGGGCCCUCAGCCGCUUCGCUGUCGACGCUGGAGCUACCAACUGGGUGGAGCGGACACUGCAAAGCAUCACGACCUCUAAAUCGACGUCAUGGGGUGAAUGGGUAUUUGGUGAGGGUGGUGUUAUUGAGACCAUAACCUUGGGUGGUUGGGAUAAGACGCUGCGGUACUCGAGUCCGGUCUUCCAGCUCCUCGAGGGAUUCUGCACUCUGCUUGUUAUCCAAGCUGCUGGGCAGAUCACCAAAUGGCUCGUUAACAGAGGACGAAGCGACACUUGGAUUAUUAUCCUGCUCGUUAUCUCCGGCAGCGUGCUUGCGAGUGCCGUUUACUUCCUCUGGCGUGUCGCUCACUUCCCUUGGAUCGACAACUCUGAUGCGAUUUUGAUCGGUGUUACUAUGACUUCAGCUUUCUUCCUCUGCGCGUAUGGAAUCGGCAGCGGGCGCGGCAACCCUGUCGAAUCGUCCCUUCUCUUCGCAUACGUCGUCCUCUGCGUCUAUCAAAUCUUCACCGACUACCUUCCUUCCGAAUCCACGGAGGCGGAUCAACAUCAGUCCUCGCAGCCCGACUUCCCGCCCUUGCCGCCCAUCAUUAUGGCAUCUUACUCGACCCUGCUUCACAUGCUCGGCUCCCUUCCCCAUGCCGUCCACUCGUCCCUCAGUCUUCUCUACGCGGCGUUUCAGACCAUUACUCCAUCUGUAAUCAUAUCGCUCGCCUUCAGACUCCUCGUCUUUUACUGCGCUACCCGCAUCAUUCCUGCCAUCCGCGAGUCAGGAGCGAGGGCUCUGAUGGAGGAACCGACUCUGGAAGAAUCAGACGCUGCCAACUGGCUUCUUGGGAUCAUCACCUACUUUUCGCCUUCGAUUCUUAUCGCCAUGUACACGAGCUUGCUCCUGCAGCACUUUUCAACAAAUGAUGGGCCAGAUGGGUGGACGCUUAGAGGAGGCGACCCCGGCGGUAACGUCUGGCGCUGGACAAAUGUAGCAGCAACAAUGACCCUGUACGCGAUCGAGUUGUACUUGGGCAACGAGGAUCACGAUGGUGGUCUGACAAAUCACUGGAAGAUGGAUUAA